GGUGCUGCGCUCCCCGGGGGUGACAGGUGCCGGGGAAGGAUGGCGGAGCUGAUCAUCGAGCUGCGCUCCGCGGUGGGGCUCCUGCUGGGACUCCUGGCCGGGCUGCUGAUAAGACAUCUCCUGACCAGGGCCCCCCGAGGUCUGCCGCCUCCCCCCUGUAUCCGGGGAUGGAUCCCCUGGCUGGGGGCCGCGCUGGAGAUGGGGAAAUCCCCCCUGGAGUUCAUAGAGAGAGCCAGGCAGAAGCAUGGACCAGUCUUUACUAUAAUGGCUGCAGGCAACAGGCUGACCUUUCUCAGUGGGGAUGAAGGAGUGUCUGCCUUCUUCAAAUCCAAGCAAGUGAGCUUUCCUCAGGCUGUGCAAAAACCCGUCCAGCACACAGCGUCCAUUAGUGAGAAAAGCUUCUACAAGUCCCACGAGGAGAUCAUGAAGAUGAUGAUGUUUAGGCUGUCGCAUAACAAACUCGAUGCGUAUAUAACCCGAUUGUACAAUGAGUUUACCUUACAUCUGGACCAGCUGAGCUCUCAGGGCACCGAGGACCUCCACAACCUGGUGAGGCGAGUCAUGUACCCCGCUGUGGUGGACAACCUGUUCGGCAAAGGAGUGUGCCCUACCUCCAAGGACACAAUAAAGGAAUUUGAAGAGCAUUUCCGCACUUUUGAUGAAGGAUUUGAGUACGGCUCGCAGCUCCCAGAGUGGUUUUUCAAAGACUGGUCUCUGUCCAAACAGUGGCUGCUAAAAUUGUUUAAAAACAUUAUCCCUAAAGAGGAAGAAAGUAAUCCGUCUGAAGACAGCGCUAAGACUUUGCUACAUCAUCUGCUGGACACUCUCAAGGGAAAUGACACUUCUAACUACAGUCUAUUACUGCUGUGGGCAUCGCAGGCCAAUGCCAACCCUAUGACAUUUUGGACCCUUGCCUUCAUCAUUUCGGAGCCAGAGGUUUACAGGAAGGCCAUGAGUGAAAUUACUUCUGUAUUUGGUGAAGGAGGUCAGGAUCACUUAUAUAUUACCGCAGCAGAUCUGAAGAAACUCCUGUUUGUGAAAUCCUGCGUCCUGGAGGCCAUACGCCUGAGGUCACCGGGAGCUAUUACCCGGAAAGUGGUAAAACCUUUGAAAGUUUAUAAUUACGAGAUUCCUCCCGGGGACCUGCUGAUGUUGUCUCCGUAUUGGGUUCAUCGGGAACCCAAAUGUUUUCCUGAACCUGAAACGUUUAAACCAGAACGCUGGACGGAGGCGACUCUAGAGAAGAAUGUAUUUCUGGCCGGGUUUAUAGCCUUUGGAGGAGGGAAAUAUCAGUGUCCUGGCAGAUGGUUUGCCUUGAUGGAGAUUCACAUGUUGGUGGUUUUAUUCCUCUACAAAUAUGAGUUCCAGUUACUGGAUUCACUUCCCAAACAGGUACCGAGUAACCUGCACUUAGUGGGCACCCAGCAGCCCGAUGGACCGUGCCGCGUCAUGUAUAAGCUAAGGGAAUAAAUGUGGAGCCCCGG